UACCUUGACAAAGGUGAUGCACACUCCACUGGUAACAUGCGGAAGCAUGUGCGUUCAUGCUGGGGUGAUGAAGUGUUGAAAGCUGCGGAUGAGGCCAAGGAUGCCAAUGAAGUGCGCCAAAGGAUAGUUGGUAGUUUCCUGCAAAACGGAUCAAUCACUGCAUCAUUUGAACAUAAGGGUAAAAUGAAAGUUUUUACAUGCUCACACCGUCAACAUACACAAGCAGAAACAAGGGCUGAAAUAGUGUGCUGGGUGUCUGAGAGCCUGCAUCCAUUCAAUAUCAUCAAGGAUUGUGCAUUUCAGUCACUGAUGAAGACAGGGAGACCAGAAUAUUACUUACCUUCCCCCUCCACUGUUUCACAUGAUGUGUGA